UGACCCUGACGUCACGAGGUCAUUCGCAUUCAAAAUGGCGGAAAAUACCAAGCCAGCAACGCAGGACGCCGUCCCUGUCCAACUUGAUGACGAGAAGGUUGCCCAAGAAGGACAGUUUGUCGGGGCAACGCUAGAACUAAAUGGAGAAGACCCUGCACCCAAAGCGAGUGAUCCCGACGCUGAUGUCGACUUCGCUGGACCUGCACUGUCGCGCAAUCGUCCCGGAAGCACAAUCGGUCGCCAGUCGAUCAGAUCAACAUCCAGUCGCACAUCGCUGAAGCCAGGUGUUGUCAAGUCUGAUGUGUCGGCCAAGACAUUCUUCAGUUAUAAGGGCAACUAUUUUGACUCUGCGAUCCAGGAGCAUUGUCGGCAAGCAAUCAAACCCGAGCUGGAUGGAGAACUUCUCGGAUGCUGGCUCCUCACAGAAAUCGACCACUGGGAUUUGGAACAUGAGAAGAUUAUGAUGCUGACGGAGAGCUCACUCAUUGUAUGCAAGUACAACUUCAUCACGCAGAAGCUGCUGGAGUUCAAACGCAUCAUGCUUCACUGUGUCGACACCAUCUGCAUCGGCGACUUCAAGUACCCGGAACAUUCAAUCAUGCCUGACCGACAACAUGGUGGAAUCCAGCUGAGAUGGAACCGGGGCCAGGAAUUGACAUUCGGACAGAAGUGGAAUCCAUUUGCUACAGACAUUCCCUGGGUGACGUUCUGCCACCACCCUGUUCUCUACAACCGUAAGGAGAAUGAAACAACCACCUACAACUGUGACGACUUCUAUGAGAGCCUUGUCCAAGCGGUCAGCAAGGCGUAUCAGGUCAAACGUCCAAACGAGAAGAUCACCAUUGUUGAAGGGCCCAUUCUCAUCGAGAGCUACGCAAGUGUGGCAUCAAUGAUCUACAACCAGAGUGGACUUGGCUUCUUCAGAGAUCGGAAUGGCAUUAGUUUCUGAGAAGCACAGUUAUCUGACUUUUGAUCACAAGUAAUAAAACCUAAUUGGUCUCAAAAUAAUUCCGAGAAACUGUCUGCACUUUCAGUGUCAACACUUCUGCAUGCAUAUUUAGAAAAGCUCAUUUCAGAUUCAAGAACCCACUGUGAUUUGAUGUGCAUGUAUUUUUAUAUCUUUGAUGUUUGAAAUAUGCAUAUAUUGUAAUAUGACAAAGUUGCAUCUUACAGAAAUGUUAAUGUUGUGUUUUAAGAUUUGGUGUCUGUUAUAUAUGUACAUAAUAAUAUAGAUCUUCAUCCCUUGGGAAGUAAUACGUUUUGAGUUUUGUAAAUGAGAAAUCAUGUGUCUUUGUAUUUGUUUAUUUAGUACUUGAUUGGUUUCUAGCACAAUGACUGACUGGUAUUCUCAAUAUCCGAAAGCUUUCUUUCCCCUAUAAUGCUGAUACAAGAAUGCCCUCUCCAAGUAUGUAAGUGUCCAUCGAGUUCUGUCUGAAGCAAACUCAUUGUGAUUCAGUUUAAACCAUCAUGUACAUUUGGAUGCCAUGGAAAGAAUUAAGUAAUUACUUGAAUGCCUGAUUCUCUUCCUCAGCGUAUUCACAAAUACUUGUGGGGCCCAGGAGCCAAGGGAAUUAGGGUUGAGUUUUGUCCCUUUUCCAUAACCAGGAUGUGCUAGUCAUUUGUAUGAAGCUCAGUUGGUGUACUCAGGAUCCAUGGUUCGUCAACACCAUGCCUGCUGGUUAGUUGAUCCUAUGUGGUAAAUGUUUGCAAGCCACUGUUUGCAUUCCUCCCACGUUAAGACAACAGGGGUGGCAAUUACUGAACGACUGACCACGGGAUCUUCUCUCCCUUUACUUGUUGAUGAAAUCCACAUUUUCACAGUUUGACACUAUGCUCAUUUAACUUGUUAAAAAAAUGUCUUAGACACAAAACCACACAAUGUAAAUUUAUUCUAUCAUAAUGGCAUAAAAGUGAAUAUAAAACAUCGAA